AUGAAGCAGAAGCAAGGGACGGCAACGUAUCGUACAAGAGUGAACUGCGGCAGAGUGUCUGGGACGGUGUCCCACUGGCAGGGCGAGGAAGGAUGGAUUCGACCAGAUUCCGUCAUCGAUCACAACCUCAGGUCCAAGAACAGUGGCUUGCUCCUUGUGAGGCAGAAGGACGUAUCAGCAGGUCAAGCUUUGGAGCCUGGUCAAGCUGUGGAUUUUCUCGUCUAUGCCGAGGUUUCUGAGGGUGGUCGGCUGGGUGCAGAGUUCUGUAGGCCUGUGCCUGGCAAGAGCCAGCCAGCAAAGGCCCAACCUCAGUCACCACAGGCACCACAGGGACCGCAGAAAGUCAUGCAGCUGCACCUCAAGAAGGCGCAAGAGAAGCCAACGCUGAUGACGCCUGUCCCCAAGAAGGGCGGCAAGCCACCGACACCGGCGACGGGAAAAGGCAUGGCCGCGGGAAAAGGCAAGAAAGCCGAAGGCAAGCAAGCGGAAGGCAAGCAAGCCGCAGUCACGGUCACACCACCUGGAAAAGGAGCUGCGCAGCCCUUUGGCAAGGGGUUCAAGUCCAAUCCCCCCACGACGUCUACACCGUCUACGCCCUCGGAGGGCUUCAAAUCAAAAGCGAAGCUGCCACGCCAGCAGAUCAGCACAACUGAGCAGACCGGCGAGCUUCAAGUUUGGUUUGGGAAGUAUGGAUGGAUUAUUCCAGACACGCCAGUGAAUCACACACAAGGUGGCAAGCACCAGGGCAAGAUUUACAUCCAUCUGUCCGACAUGGAGGACGACAGUGUGACUGUAAAUCCUGGCUGCCGCGUGUCCUUCAUGGUGUACGCAGACAGCAGUGGGUUGGGGGCAGAGAACUGCAGAAUCUUGGACAACCUGCCGGGAGGUGGCAAAGGCAGCCAAAGCUUCAAAGGCAACGCGCUCAAGGCAGGUCUCAAGGGAAAGCAGCUGGCGGGCCAUCAGCAAGCGAACGGCUGGCAGUCUCAGUCGCAGCAAGGAGGAGGUCUGCCUCCAGACUGGGAGGAGCAUUGGUCAGAGGAGUACAGCGUCCCCUACUACUGGAACACUGUCACAAAGGAGUCUGUUUGGGUGCGUCCAGGAUGA